ACUCGACGCUGCCGGUCAGCAGAAGGUCGGUGGACGGACGGCAGCAACAGUCGGUUAGCGGGGAGUUAAACAGUGAACGGCUCCGUUAACCGGUGGGAUUCAAUCCGUGUGAGCGGGAAGCUGAGCUAACAGCUAGCAGGCUAACUGCUAGCAGGCUAACAGCUAGCCUCCCUAACCCUCUCUGACCGUUAGCCGUUAGCUGGGCUAGCCGUUAGCAUGCAGUGCGCUAACCUGCUGAAAAAGAGAAGUCUGGAUCCGCAGGAGUCCUGGAGCUGCUCCCCGAAGCGGAUGUGUUUGGAGGCGGAGCUUCAGGUGUCUCAAUGUCCAAUGGAGACGUCCCACAGUUUUCCUGUAGCCAAUCAGCACCUGGGACAGCAGGUGGUCCAGCCCAGACCAGCACUGCUCUGCUGUCCCCGCUGCCUCGGAGGAGAACCGGGUCACAUUAACCACAUCAUGGGUCACUGAAGAGGCUCCUCCUCCUGACAGCCGUCCAAUCAGGUGUUUCUCUAGUACUGCUGGAUGAUGUCAUCACAACCACGCCCACAGAGAGGACCAAUCACAAGCUGAUUGUUCCUACCUGGUCUGUAGAUCACCUGUCCUGUCUGUUUACCUCCAUGAUGUGUUCAGGGACACUCCAGUUUUUAGUUUAAUGGUGUUGUGUGUAGUUUGACAGAAGCUAAUCAAUAAUCAGUGAUGCGUUCACUGUCUCCUAGUAAAGGGCUAUUACUGUUAUUUUAAUGAAGAUUAAAUCUGUGAUGCGUUCAGCAAAAAUAAGCCAAUCGGUUGUUCAGGAUCAGUAGAGUAUUAACGGGGUUUAAAGGGACUGAAUGUUUUUAAAUUAAAGCAUAACGAGACGUUAAAGAGUCCCGUUUGUACAUUUCUAUUUUUAUGAGCAGAGUUUUAUAUUUCUACUUUAAUCUGACUGAAUGGAAACAGACAUUUUUGAUGCUUUCGGGCCAACCAAUCAGAGGGCAGCGUUUCUACUGCAGACUGAUUUCAAAAUAAAAUAUUUUACUGUGAA